AACUAGCUACAUUUGACAGUGAGUGAGGAGGACAAUAGGUGAUGACCUGUGAGGACUGAGGGAGAAGAGCCAGCCAGCUGACGUACAAUAACAAACAAAUCCAACUAACCUCCACAAAAAGGUUUUGAUAAAUUUAAAUUUAUAGAGUACUAGUAUUAUAAAGUUAUUCUUUAUGAUGUAACUAACAGUAUUUCAAAAGCCAUUUUAUCAAAACUUUCAAUACCCAUAAUGUUUAGAACGAAACUCGUGAAUGUUCUCCGAUCUGCUGCCAAGGCGCAAAGGACAUUGAUACCAAAAAUAAGGAUGGUUACCCCAUUAACAAUAGGAUUUAUUGGCACUGUAUAUUGUGAAGAUAACCAAAAUGAGUUCGGCGAGUUGAAUAUGUCAUGGAGUGAAGAUAGUUUGGAGCACGAGUUCUUGAUACGGCAAGCAACAACAGUGAAUGUGAAUGCUGCUACACAGUUGCUCACUGUAACUUUGGUAGCCAUACAUGACACUAGUGAACGUUUGAGGGAAGCACUUACAAAGGAAAUAUGUUUGGUGAAGCAAGCAUUAGAAUGGGGUGAGAGUGCAACACCACCUCAGCAUUGGGAUGAGUUGGUGGCAGUAAGGGGCUCACUCAGAGACCUCAAGCACAAUCUUCGCACAUUAUUUGGAUAUAUGGACUAUGCAGAAAAAUUGGCCACAGUAGCUGCUGAAAUAUCAUACCUUUCUGGAAACACUACAGCAUCAGAUGCUAUAUGUGAGAGGAUAGACCAAGCAUGCAGGACGUGCAACAUGCAGAAGCAGCUGACACACGAGCUGCAGCAGGAGAGUCUGGCGCUGCAGCAGGCGGCCAUCAUCAGUUCCCCGCAGCUCCAGGACAAGCUGGAACAAGGCACUACUGAACAAGACAGGAAGAAACGAAAAACUUGAUGCUAUUAUAGCGUAACUAGUCUAUUCACUUACAGAAUUGUAUUCAGUUUCGUAAUUACUUUAAAUUACUAAUGUACAAAGUUAAACAUAAAAAACUUAAAUAAAUGAAUUUAAAAAUAA